UACAAAUUUUAUAAAUGGGUCGAAAUUUACUGCUUUUUCCCUAUUUUUUUAUAGAUUUUCUGGCUGAUAUAAAAUUUGAAAAUAUAAUUUAAGAUUGAUUCUAACCACCUAGAGGGCACAAAAUUGGUCCAAAAUAUCUAGGAAUGCCUAGUAGAGGGGCGGCAUCAUUUGGAAUUAUUCCUAAGCAUUUCUUGCGACACAUCAUAUUUUAUGGUUUUGCAAAAAAAAGUUGAUUCUAAAAGCGGUAACUUCCCUGAGGGUACCACAUCCAUGAAAUUAGACUAAAACCACUAAAACUAAUUUAUCGUAGACUACUGUGAUUAUGUAUCUUUGCUUUUGUUUAUUUUAUUAAUCAAACCAUGUCAUCCGGUGACAAAACUCAUGAUCUCAAGAAAGAUUUAGCACAUCUUAAAAAGGCUUUGGGUGAAUCACAGUCAGAAAUAAAACAUUUGAAGGACAAGUUGAAAGAAAUGGCUCUUGCAAAGCAAUGUUUAACCAGUGAUUUACAUCAAACAAUAUCCAUCAAUAAUAAGCUCACCAGAAAAUUAAACAGACAAAGGCAUUACUUUAACGAGGAGCAUGAAUUGUUGAAGUUGAAAAUGGAGCGUAUAAAGUUGUAUCUUCAGACGAUGCAGAGAUCGUUACAUUCGUCCAACCGCAAACUAGCACGUCACAUGCUUGGCUGUGCCGGAACCCGUUUUCGACUGGGCGAGAUGUUCCUCCGGAUGCGGUCUACAAAGCGCUGGUACGAAACACGGCGGAAUCGGUACCAGAAGAUGUGCCUCGAGUUUGCUGCUCGCGUUCGGGAGCAUAAUCGCUACAUGCUAGCCGUGGUUGAAGCAAAGCUAAGCGAGGACAGCAUUACCACAUGCCAUCGUCAGUAUCUGGAUCUGCUGACGCGGUGUUCCCAGCUGUUACACGAGAAUAUGAACCUCAGAUUGUUGGCUAUGAACAAGUUGGAUGAAGAAGAACACCCUCCGAGGAGAAUUGGAAUCGAAGUGGAGGAAAUCCCUGAGCAGGAAUGCACUACAACAGAAUCGGAAGAAACAAUCUUCAGGACAUAUAUAACUACUCCCAAAAAGCAGCGUCCUCAGUCAAUAUGAGUGUUGGAAAAUAUGAGACUUGAAGCAUAUUUAAGUACAACUAGAAGUCAAUAAAUUAAACGCCUUAUUUUAUUUCUUACAAUAUACUUGAUGUGUUUAAACUAUA